CCUGCGGGGCCAUCCCUGCUGGGCCAGGAGCUGCCUGCGCUACGGUACCCAGAGCGAAGUCCCGGGCCAGGCCCCCGCCAUGGUCCGGGAGAGGCCUCAGGGGAGGAGCUGUGGCGCCCUGCACCGGUGCCUGCUUGGCGCCGCGCUGCUGCUGGGCCUGCGACUCUGCGUCGAGCUGCGACGCGCCGGGUCGGGACCCCCAGUCCGCAGCGCCUCGCGAGGCCCGAUACCCCGACCGCCUGGGCCGCACCUGCCACUAGCGCCCGUCCCGCCGCGCGGCGCAAGCAAGAGACAGGUGACCUACGUGCGCAGCGGGCGCCGAGCACCGCCGGGGGGCGGCGGGAGCCGGACACCGGAGCCGAGCUGCUGUUCCCCUCGCGGGCGGCUCCGCCGGAAGGGUCCCCGGUGGCAUAUAGAGCUCCAGCCUUGGGCAGGCCCUGCUCAGUCCCUGGAUGAAGAAGCCUUGAGGUUCCUGCGAUACAUCAGCACCACCCAGAUUGCAUGUGAUCACAUGAGUACAGACAGCUUGGCUACUGACUCCAGCUCUGCAAAGAAGCCCUGGUUGGUGUGUCUUGAUGACAGGUUUGGCUUAGCUCAUCAAAUCCGCAACAAGCAGUGCCGCCUCUACUCUUUAGGGCUGGGAAGUGAUGAUACCCAUUUUGAGGUGAGCAUGGCCAAUGAUGGAUGUGAAGUGCAUCGUUUUGAUCCUAGUGUCAAAUCAGCUCACAUUCUGGAAAGUCAGCGCCUUUGGUAUCACCGCUUGUCCAUCGAUUGGCGGGAUCCCCAUCCAGCUGUUGCUGCCCAAAAGCUGCAUAGCAAUACCAGAAAACUAGGAAGCAUUUUGAAUGAAUUUGGGCAUCACAAGAUUGAUGUUCUCAAGGCAGAUCUGGAAAGUGCAGAAUGGAAAGUUUUGGAAAAUCUUAUUCUGGAAGAUGUCCUUGAACAGAUUGGACAGCUCAUCUUUGAGAUCCAUCUCCACUGGCCUGGGUUUGAGGUCAGCGGCAGUGACAGUAGCGUCGUGCGGUUCUGGUACAGCCUCCUCAAAGAGUUAGAACAGAAGGAUUUCAGGCUUUUUUACAGUUAUAAAGACUUAUCUAAACCUCAGCUAUUUCUGAAGAAAGACAUUUUCAAUGCUAGUAGCUGUUACACUCUGAGUUGGGUGAACACAAGAUGGAAAUAGGAUGCAGGACCUCAUCCAGAAUUCAAGGAAAUAUUUGCAAAAUAGAGCAUGUCUGUGUUUCUAAUCCCAGAUUUGCCUCCAGCCUCCCACUGGUCCAUUACCUGCUCGAGGCAGGGAUUUUGAUAUUGUCUGUGCAGUGUGUGUAGCCUGGUGCUUGGUAUAUGAUAAGGACACAGUUGAAGGGAUGGAUACAGUGACCCCAGUUGCUUAAACUCAGGCUCUUUGCCUUUAACAGAGUGGGGAUGUUUGUCCUCCUUCACUUUCACAUGAAGGGUAAUCCCCCACUCAUUCCUAAAAGUCCUCAUGUAUCUGUAGUCCAACAUUAAAAUGGAAUUAUGUAAAUUUUCCAUUUUUAGUAGGUUGAUGAGAAUUCUUAAGUUUGUUGUCCACUGUUUAAAAUUUGACUUUGAUUCAUUUCUUUCAAGGUUUUCUUUGUUUACAAAUCAAUCAUAUUCUUUACCACCUGCUGGAUUUCAAUCGUUGUUUCUCAGCCUUUGCUGAGGCUUGUUGUGGCUUUAUAAAAUUCAUUGAUUCUGGUUUCUUAGAAUCAGACGCACAAAAUUCUGUCACUGAGUUUAAAAAAACUAGACUUUCAAGGGCUUCGAUCAAGAUUCUCAGUCUCAAAAUCUCUCUCUUCCUGUGAAAUUUAGCACAUGUAGGACUGUUACCUCUUCGAUCUGCAGACAUGACCCCCACCCCGUACUUGCCCAUGCUGUCAAAUCUUUUUUUAAAUACACUACUUUGAGUAUUAAGUACAUUUUUCUUUAUUGCCAGGGCAUUAUUUAUAAGACUGCAGCCUGAGGGGCCAUAGUAUCUGUCUUCCCUAGAAUGGUAUUAUAGUGUUUCAGAGUUUCUAAACCAUUUUACAUUUUUAGAAAUGAAGCAGAGAAUGUAGGCUCUCAAUAGUUCAUAUGAUGUCCUCCAUUCCUAUUUGUAGGAAUAGAGUUCUAUGAGUGAUUUUUAAAAAUUCUAUUUUAAAUAAAUUAGGUAGUAUAAAAAUAAACUAAAUAAUUGCCUUAUUAUAAAUUAGGUCUAUUUUUGACUUUUUUUUUAACAUACUGAAAGAGUGUGAAAACUAUGUGUAUUGUUUGUUCAAAAAAUUGCAGGGAGGAGUAGAGCACUGAAUAUUGUCAUGGUUUUUCCUUCUUACGGGUUUUUACUUGUUUCUGCCUUCAGGUUCCCUGGCUGGAUUUUUCUUUAUUGCAACAAUUUGAAAAUACCAUUCCUCAAGUGAGAAACCAAGAUAGAACAGAAUGAUUUAACUUGAGUUCAAAAGAGAACAGACUUUCUGAAUUAAUUGUGAUGAUUUUUAAAAAUAUAACAAAGUUUUGAUUUGAAAACUCACAGUACACUAAUAAAAGCUGUUGGGUUGAGAGAACCAGCUUGAAGAAGUGUAAUUUGAAAUGGCAUUUCAGUCUCUUUGAUGUGCAUAGGCAGUUCAAGUGUGCAGAAGGGUCCAUAAACACUCUAAAGUGGUUUAUAACUGUUACUUUGUAUGCUGCCCUCUCUUAAGCUAAGUUCACUUUGGUCAGUCCAAUUCCAUUUGAAUUAUGUUACAGAUUUUUUUUUCACAAAAUUUUAUACACGGAAAUACUUAGUAUAUAUUCUUAUAUCGUAAAGUGUGGAGUGUGCUAGCUUUAAGUAUGCAGUCUGAUCAUCUUUUAGAUGUGUAUGCAACCAUAUCAAGAUUUUUAAUUCAAAGAGUUAAUUUAAGGCAUUACUGAAAGCUACUUUGUAUAAGGCCAGUUAACCAUUUGAUCCAGAUUGAUGGUGCAGAACAUUGACUUCAUCACUCUCUAUAUCUGAAGCAAGAAUGGAUGUACUAUUGAAAAAAAUAAACCACAAACACACCUACCCAUACCCACCAACUGGGCAGCCUGUUCAAUAGUAAUCCAUACUUAUUUAUGCUUAUUUCUCUUCAUGGAUAGUUGGAAAUUACAAUGAAUAUUCUGAUGACUGCCAUGGUUUCUGUCUCUAGAAUUGGUUAUGUUUGUCAUAUAGGUCAGGAUUUCCUAACCUCACCACUAUGCCAUUUUGAACUGGUAAUUCUUUGAUGGCGAUGGAAGACUGUGCCAUGCACUAUAGGAUUUUUAGCAGCAUCCCUGUCUUCUCACUAGAUGGCAGGAGCAAGAACCUCUUCACAAACUGUGACAACCAGAUGUAGCUCCUAGACAGUGUCAAAUGUCUCCCAGCGGGCAAAACCAUCCAGUGUGGAGAAGUAGUGGUGUAGGUCAUAAGAAGGGGAUCGGGUUACCACAGCAUGGGUGUUUGCUUUAAAAAAACAAGCAAACACAACAUCCUCUUGGAAGGAAGAGACAAAGCAAUAACCAUCACCACCAGAACCAACAUAAAAGCAGCACAAACAAAAUGCAGCAAAUGAACAAAAUCAAGAUCUUACCAAGAUCUUACAAUGUGCCAUGUAGUUUGCAUAGGUUAUUCCAAAUUCUGUCCACAACUCAGAAAUUAAGUAUAAUUUUACCAAGUGUAUGGGCAAAGAAACUCUGAGAGGUUACAUAGCUUAUUCAGAUUAUUCUACUAGUAGAUGGUGGAACAGAAACCAACCCUUUGGUCUGUCAGAUCCCCACAAAGACUAUACCUGGUUCCCACCAUGGCUUCUGUAGCCAUUACCAAAUGUAAGAUGCCACACUGGAAAGGCACUUUUUUGGCCUAUUAGUGAAAAAGGGGUGGGUAUGUGAAUAACAUACACUUAAACCAGACCUGAAAAUCUGUUAGCAUUAGGAUAAUUUUGUAGCAUAUAGAUUUGUUUUAUUUGAACCAUCUAUGUAAUCAAAGUGAGCCCAUCAAAUGGAGGCUUAGUGAAGAAAUAUGGGAACCCAAUGACUUUUCUGUUAAUAUAAUUAGAUUGCCAGAAGAGCUCUUGCCAGGCCUUGGAGGGACUCUUGCCCAGGUUUGUUCCAAUACUUGGUACUUUCCUCCCAGGCUUUAGAAAGGGCAUAGUGUGAACUUCCUCCCUUCUUUAAAACUUGUCUUUGACCUGCAAAUGAAUGAGCUAAGAUGUGAACAUCUGACAUAUAUGUCUUCAACUCUUACCAGAGUAGUGUAUUUCAUAAAUGAUUCUGAAAAUACAAAUUUAAUGAUGCUCUGAUCGAAUGAUUUUUUUAAAAUUUGCACUUUUUUAGGGGCAAAGACAUAUGAGAAUGUAAGAGAUUCAGAAGUCAACUUUUAAAGCACAAACUCUGUGUCAUGUGUUGAGUUGAAAGUCAAAGAAAAACUAUUUCUCCUUCCUCUUUUCUUAGUGUGAUUGUGUUGGAUACAGUUAUAAUAGGUCAUCAUAUAAAUAUUUGUAACCAUUUGACAUGUUCACAUGAAGAGAACCAGGGAAAAGUGAACAAACUUCUAUUAGAAUCAACUGAAGAUUCACUAAUAUUUACAUCAGGGUAGAACAAAAGUAAAUGCAUGAAUUUACAGUGCUUAGUCCAAAUCUGUUAUUCAUGUAAGCAUUUCUGCAUUGGUUAUAAGAUCUUUUAGUAAAUACAACCCUAGAUUUGAUUUUCUUAAGUAUUAAAUGUUUGGAUUUUGCAAAGCUCAGAUUAAACCAGGAAGUCAGUUCAUAAUAUUUUGCCAGUUUAAAAAUGCAGGCCUUGUCUGAACAGAUGAUUUUACUUGACAAUACAACAAUACCUCCAAAACUCAAUUAAUGUAAUUGUUCUUUUCUGCUGGCAAUAAAUUUAUGUUUGUUUUUUAAGCAAUAAUUAUUUUCAUGCCUACCAAUUGCUGGCAUUUUGGGAAUUUGAUAAUAUAUUUCACUAUAUGCUGAAGUCUCUUCCUUUUAUUUACCUUAAAAGAGUUGUUUUAAUUUUAUUUUUAUGAAAUCAUAACCCAAAGAUUCAAUGUAUUUUUAAAACUACCGAAAUUUGGAGAUUAUUAAGUUUUUUGAAUAAUUUUGUUAUAUUGCUGUCUUUAGAAAAAUAAAUCAAGCAGGCUUAAUGUCAUUUUUAGAACUAUAUGGAAAAAUGCUCAUUCUCAAUGUAUUAAAACAAAUGCUUUCACAAUCAGCAAUUUCCUAUUCUUCUCAUAUAAAAUAUUAUAACUGGGCUGAGGCUGUAGUUCCAUGACAGAACACUUGCCUAGCCAUGUGCAAGGUACUGGGUUUGAUCCUUAGCACCACAUAAAAAUAAACAAAUAAAGGCAUUAUGUCCAUCUACAAAAAUUUUUUAAAAAAUUUAGUGAUUGAUUUUGUACAGUAGGGUUGGAAUAGGAUUUUUUUUUUUGUGGGGUGACUUCAAAUUCUAAUCCAGACUACUUCAAUAGAGAAGCCAAGUACACGCAAGACUGAUAUCUGUAUGUAAGUAGAAAAGAUCUGUUGUACAACAUGGUGAUCAUAGUUAAUAAUGAUGUGUUGUAUUCUUGAAAAUUGCUGACAGUAGAUUUUAAAUGUUCUCAUCUCCCCAAAAUGAUGUUAUUAGCAUGAUUUAGUCAUUCCUCAAUGUUUAUGUAUACAAAAAUAUCUUAUACACUAUAAACAUAUAUAAUUUUUACCUGUUAAUUAAAAAAGUAUGUUCCAUGAAAUAUUUUGGACUUUUUAUUCAUGAAAAACAAAACAAACAAAAUCCAACCACCAGUAGAACUACAGUGGUUGGUAAAAAGGUUGUGUUCCAGAGUUCUACAGUGGUCCUUCCACUCUAGGUGUCUCUCAGGAGGCCUGACCUCUCCAUCAUAGGGUAAUGGUUAAUGUACAGUUGAUGGAGCAAUCAGAGGUUAAUGUACAGUACAACAGGCGGCCUCCUGGACCCUGACUCAGCACUGUGCUAGCUUAUAUUCUAACUGGUUUGUCUUCUGCUUACUUGUCAUUGGAUAUAGGGCAUAUCAGUAUCUACUCCUGUGUGGACAUAGAUAAGAAACGAAGGUUCAAGUGAGUUCUGUAACAUUGAUGAGAAACUACAAUUAUGUACUAGUAAAAAUAUGCUAUUCAUUGUCUGUGUAAAAAUAUUAUUUCUCAAGGAUUGAUGUCAGAAUAAACAUCAUUUGCUCAGGGACUCCCUCCUUAAGGUCUCCACUCUGUGUUCCCAGGGACCUCUGUUCUUCCUAUUUUCUCUUAUUGUGCCUCAAUGUAUCUGCUUGUAUAAUGUGUGUCUUUCCCAGCAGACUGUAAGCUCCAUGAGGGUAAGGGCCAUGUCUGUAGCCCCAGUGCUUACUGUGGAAACUGCUAGUUAAAAGGUGUUCAAUAUAUAUUUGUUGAAUAUAAAUUUUUAAAAGCUCUUUCAUACAGAAUUUUUCUAUGAAAUUAUUUCAUAAUCAUUUUCUAUUCUUGCA